AAAAAUUAAAGCAUGUGAAAUCAUGUAAUAAUGGUUUUUAUCUUGUCAAGAUGUUUGAUAAGCACUUAAUUGUGCUUAGGAAUAAGAUAGGAAUUGUUUAACAAGAAAAGCCACCAUCAUGUGGUCCCUAGCCCUGUGAAAUGCAUUUUCUCAGAGGCUACUGAGAAUAUAGCAAAGCCCAGAAUAAAUCACAAAAUAAAAAUACAAUAUUUUAAUACAGAAUUUUUUCUUUGUGUGCUGAGAUUCCCGACUACACUUAAUGUGCUAGAUUUCCAGGCUCUUCUGCUUGCUAAACUUUUUUUUCUCUUCAAGAUGGAGGUGGCCAGCAAGGAAUGCUAUUCAGCAGCAGCUGACCCGUGGAAUCCCCCCUCCCACAUACCUUCUGUCUUAAUAGCCAGCCCAUUUUCUCUAGUGACCCAUUAGUUAGGAAAUCUUUCAGCACACUAUGUAAAAUAAGCUUUGAGUAAAGAUGUACACAAGGUAAUAUCGCUUCUAUCUAGAGUUCCUUUAUAACUUCCUUCUGCCUUCACAUGCUUGCUACCUAUUCUUUAAGGCUUAAGCCAAAUGCCCUUCUCCCUUGAAACACUCCAAGUUCCCAUCAUCCUUUCCUCACUCUGCUAACUUGUAAGCCUAGUAGGAACUUCAAGUUUGGAAUCAGACAUUUCAUUUCAUUGUCUUGACAAGUAUCUGUUGAACCUGAGUCUUUGAAUCUCUCUUGCAUUUACAGCUCUCUCCUUGGGCAAGCAGUUCAAUAUUUGUAAAACAUUCUCUAAAUCUGGUAUUCACUUCCAAGCAUAUGAGGAUUAAAUGGAGCUUAGAGCAGUGCCAAGCACAUCUAAUGAGCUGAAGAGCUUAAUAAAAGAAAUGGAGCAAGAGCCACAAAAUGGAGAACCUGCUGAAAUUAAGAUGAUCAAGGAAGCGUACAAGAAGGCCUUUUUAUUUGUUAAUAAAGGACUGAAUACAGAUGAAUUAGGUCAGAAGGAAGAAGCAAAGAACUACUAUAAGCAAGGAAUAGGACACCUGCUCAGGGGAAUCAGCAUUUCAUCAACAGAGCCUGAACACGUAGGCCCUGGGUGGGAAUCUGCUAGACAGAUGCAGCAGAAAAUGAAAGAAACACUACAGAAUGUACGCACCAGGUUGGAAAUUCUAGAGAAAGGUCUUGCCACUUCUCUACGGAAUGAUCUUCAGGAGGUGCCCAAGUUAUAUCCAGAAUUUCCACCUAAAGAUACUCCUGAAACGUCACCAGAGCCUCAGCCCUUUAGUUCACCUCGUCCGCACAGUGAAGAAUAUGGAAGCACUCCAGCUACAAGUUCAGGCUUGGUUCCCACACCUAGUUCUUUAUCCUUACCAUCUCAAAGGCAUCCAGCAGAAGCACCUCCUGCUUAUACUCCUCAGGCUGCUGAGGGUCACUACACUGUAUCCUAUGGGACAGAAUCUGGGGAAUUUUCAUCAGUUGGAGAAGACUUUUAUAGGAAUCAUUCUCAGCCACCUCCUCUUGAGACCUUAGGGCUAGAUGCAGAUGAGUUGAUUUUGAUACCAAAUGGAGUACAGAUUUUUUUUGUAAAUCCUGCAGGGGAGGUUAGUGCACCUUCAUAUCCUGGGUACCUUCGAAUUGUGAGGUUCUUGGAUAAUUCUCUUGAUACAGUUCUAAAUCGUCCUCCUGGGUUUCUUCAGGUUUGUGACUGGUUGUAUCCUCUAGUUCCUGAUAGAUCUCCAGUUCUUAAAUGUACUGUGGGAGCCUACAUGUUUCCUGAUACGAUGUUACAAGCAUCAGGAUGCUUUGUCGGGGUGGUCCUGUCUUCUGAAUUACCGGAAGAUGAUAGAGAACUCUUCGAGGAUCUGUUAAGACAAAUGUCUGACCUUCGGCUUCAGGCCAACUGGAUCCGGGCAGAAGGAGAAAAUGAAUUCCAAAUCCCUGGAAGAGCAAGAUGUCCCUCUGACCAAUUGAAGGAAGCCAGUGGCAGUGGUACUUCAUUGGACCAAGGCAAUAAGGAUGUGCGUCCUAAAGGAAAACGGGGGAAAAAGGCUAAAGAUACUUCAAGUGAAGAAGUUAAUUUGAGUCACAUUGUACCCUAUGAGCCAGUUUCAGAAGAAAAAACAAAGGAAUUACCUGAAUGGAGUGAGAAAGUGGCUCAAAACAUUUUGUCAGGUGCUUCCUGGGUGAGUUGGGGUUUAGUCAAAGGUGCUGAAUUUACUGGCAAAGCAAUCCAGAAAGGCGCUUCUAAACUUCGAGAACGGAUUCAACCAGAAGAAAAACCAGUGGAAGUUAGUCCAGCUGUGACCAGGGGACUGCAUAUAGCAAAGCAGGCUACUGGAGGAGCAGUGAAAGUCAGUCAGUUCCUAGUUGAUGGAGUUUGCACUGUAGCAAAUUGUGUUGGAAAGGAACUAGCUCCACAUGUCAAGAAGCAUGGAAGCAAACUUGUUCCAGAAUCUCUUAAAAAAGACAGAAACGGAAAGUCUACCCUGGAUGGUGCUAUGGUCGUAGCAGCAAGUAGUGUUCAAGGAUUUUCAACUGUCUGGCAGGGAUUGGAAUGUGCAGCUAAAUGCAUUGUUAACAAUGUUUCAGCAGAAACUGUACAGACUGUCAGAUACAAAUAUGGGCACACUGCGGGGGAAGCUACACACGAUGCAGUAGAUUCUGCCAUCAAUGUUGGUGUAACCGCCUAUAAUAUCGACAACAUUGGUAUCAAAGCAAUGGUGAAGAAAACUGCAAAACAAACAGGACACACACUCCUUGAGGACUAUAAAAUAAUUGAUAGUUCCAAGGGGAAAAAUCAAGAAGAAAGGGCAAAGGUAAAUAUGAAAGAGGAGAAGGAUGAGCAGGCAGAGGAACUAAAGAAGAAUGAGGCAAAGAAGAAAGAUAAAUGAUGGAAGUGCUGUAAAUCACCUAUACCAAAGCCUUACAAAAUGGAUGCAGGUUUGCUAAAUAGGGAAAUGUGGAAUUCGCAACAGAUAAACCAGUAUUUUAAAAAUGUGUUCAUUCCUACAACAUGACUGUUUCAUAAGCUUUAUGGCAUAUAUCUACUUACAAGGAGAAGAAUCAGUAUUCUUGCAUCUGACCUUUAGAAAUACACAGUUAUAUUCUCAGUAAGUUUAUUUUUUUCAAAAUGUGGCUAAAAUAUUUUUGCAAUUAAAAUAAGACUAAUAAUACAUGUGCUAUAAACUUCAUUAAACCUAAUGUUAAACUAUUUUUGUAUUUGUUGUCUUUGAGAAAGCAAAGUAGGAAAUUAUUGUAUAUUUACAUAAAAUUUGGCAUUUAGUAACCUUAGUUCUAUUUUUUCUGGGAAGGAAUGACUUAAAAUACUAUCUCUUCUUUUUGCACUAAUUGUGGAUUUUUUUUUAGGUGCUUGUCAGAAUUUUCAGUGUGUAAGCUAAAAAAAAAAUGUAAUCCUAAACUGAAAGAAUUCUCAGAUAACAUUUAAAAGACUUUCAAAACAGGGGAAUAGACUAAUCAUGAAAAAUUAAGCACGGUUCUAUAAAAUUAUUUGGUAGCUUACCUCUUUGUUAGGAAAUGGGAUGGCGCUUUUUAUUUUAAAUGAAUACAAAUAGAUUUUUAAGUCUUCUGGAUUUAGACUGGUAUUUGAUCUCUUAAGAGGCUAGGAAAUUUGGGGAUAUGACUGAUAUUGUAUUAAAAUUUGAAGUGAUUAUUAUCAGCUUAAUUGGACAAAAAAGUACUUUAAGAAAUCGUUUUACCAGAUCUGCUUCUGUAAGUCUUUACAAAAGACUAAAAUUUUGUAAAAACUAAACUAUAAAUGGAAUUCAGCUUAUGGAUAGGAAAUAUAUUUUUAUUUUGAGAUUCACUCAUUGGAAUUUUUUAUAUGAAAAAGCCAAUGAAGUAAGUUAUUAAAAAGAAAAGUUUCUAUUCAUAAUCAAAUUAAAGAAUGUGAAGACUUUAGGCUUAAUCCAUGGUGAGUGGGCAUAACAGUUUCCACUUAGGCAGAAGACAGGACAUUUACAGACCUAUAAGCUACAAAUGGCAUUUUAUUUUUGUUUAAUGGUUUUAAAAUAUUGGUUUUCAUAGCUAUUGUCCAUUCUAAUAUUUCUGAACUUCUAUUGGCUACUUAGUUUAUUGGACUUUAUUUCAAACUGUCUAAAAGAGUGUACUUUGUGAAUAAACUGUCUCGGAAUUACUUGGCCUCAGAUGUAUUCACAGGCUUGUACUUUGGGAACACACAGAAUUGAUGGAACCUUCCCAUAAGGCCUAGGAUAAUGUACUGGUUGUUAAAAUGGAAAUAAAAUUGAAUUGGUAAAGAG